AUGCAAAAUAUAAUCGAUGACAUCUAUUAUAUUAUUUAUAAUAUUAGAGACCCAGAAAUACCUCAAACAUUGGGACAAUUGGAAGUGAUCUAAAAAGAGUUUAUCAACGUUGAAGGCUCUAGAAUAACCAUUUAUUGGAAACCUACAGUGAAGCAUUGCUCAUUUGCCUUAUAAAUUGCACUUUCCAUCAGAGUAAAGCUCUCUCAAGAAUUAUUAAAUUACAAGUCAUAUAAAAUACAUAUCAUAGUUAAAGAUAAUCUCCACAAUUAAAAAUCUUAAAUAGACAAACAAGUUAAUGAUAAGGAACGAUAUUUGGCAGCUAUGGAAAAUGAGUAUCUAAUGAAUUUCAUUAAUUAAUUAAUUUAUUGA